ACUCCUCAUUCUUUAACUAUUUGGGGGAAUGCCCCCAACGAUCACUAACUUGUUUGGAUUUGAACUGGGUCUUUGCCCGGCUGCGUCCUGAAGCAUCAGAAUUGUCAAAAUGUGCUCAAGAUAUUUGGGAUUUAUUCUUCUGGUUUGGUUUCCAGGAGCACUACACGCACAAAGUGCAGCUCAGCCUUGUCCUGCUCCCUCACUCGACCGUGGUUAUUUCGUCCCUGUUCAAGGAACGUAUUCUCAUGACUCUAAGCUCACCUAUGCCUGUGAAAGCCCACUUAAACCAGCUGUGGAGGGUUGGUGGGCAGGGAGCGUGUGUCAAAAUGGCACAUGGUCUCCUACGCCACGAUGUAUCGAGGAAACAGCCUGUAUUCCGCCAACUAUUGCCAAUGCAAAAUACACAGAGGCCUCAGAUGGUCGGUACAAGGACGGAGACAUCAUCAGGAUCACAUGUGACAAAGGAUAUGAACACAAAGCCAACGUUGCAACAGCCAGAUGUAGAAAUGGGACAUGGGUCUCUUUGCCCACGUGUGAGAUAAGCAUAAAAUCGUGCAAGGCGCCCCCUAAAGCCCCACACGCUGUAAUCAUUGACCAGGGAUACAAGGAGCUGUUUCCUGAAGAUGCAGGAGUGAAAUAUAAAUGUGAAGAUGGAUACAGCAUCGAGGGAUCACACAAUUAUACACUUUUCUGUCAGGCUGGAAUAUGGACUGAUGGCCCAAUGUGCAGUAAAGAGACAGGACGAGGUGGUUCUGCUGAGGCAGGAACAAGUGGGGGACACAGCACGUCCUCUGGCAGAGGGACACAACCUGGGGGUGGAGGAGGUGGAGGCAGCGGACCAGAUAUUGGACUUGGUGGUUCUGCUGAUGCAGGAACAGUCGGGGGACACAGCACGUCCUCUGGCAGAGGGACACAACCUGGCCAUGGAGGAUCUUCCAGCACCUCUGCCAACAGGCCUCUCUUAACAACCAUCGAACACUGUGGGACACAUCCGAUCGUUCCUAAUGGUGUCGUUGUGGAAGAGCAACGAAUGUAUUUGAAAUUUAAGUGUCAGGCUUUUUACAAACAAGUCGGUGAAGGCACUGUGACGUGUUUCAGUGACGGCUCUUGGUCAGAAGUACCCGUCUGCGAAGAGGCAUUUUGUGUCUUGAAACCUGGUUAUUAUGAUCGUAGUUCAAAGGUUUCUGUGGCAAUGUAUAUAAAUGAAGGAGAGAUGAAACAUAUUCCAUGUGUUUGGCGGGAUUGGAGCGUGGCUGUUCGUUGCUUCAAUCGCACAAUCACUCAUACCCGCUGCUGUCACAGAGAUGACCAUUAUUGGCGUUAUUGCACCUAAAGUACAGCGAGGGAGCUCCUCCUUCCUGUUGGAUGACUCAUCAACGACUGACAACCAAAGCCGAGCAGGAAACUGAUGAAAUCCCUGCAGCAGAAAACAACAGUGGAUUCUUUUUUAACCAGAUGUAUUUCAAAGCUCCUCACAGUGUUGGAGCUUGGUGCUGUUUGACAGCCGGUAUCUUCAUAACUGGAGCACAUGAUCAAUACUACUUAUACACUGUGCUGGUGUAUGGCUACAGUAGUUUGAAUAAAAUGUCCACUAUACAUUCCAACAGAAA